CGACAGACAGCGGUGUUGCAGCGACGGUGGCAGGCCGCGAGAGAUGAUUUGGAUGUUGUCUCUCUGCGGGCGUGUAGCUUCUGCUGCUGCGCUGCUGCUGCUGCUGCGCUGCUGCUGUUGUUGUGUUUGUGCGUUCGUCACAACGUUUUAUACCCACGAUUGCCUGCUCUCUGGAUCUUCGCCCGAUGGCCAGAGAGCAACAUUCCUUCUAGUGGGAGAGGAAAAUAGGUUUUUAGCAGGACCGUGUCUACUCCACCCUACGCAUUGCCGUCUCUUUAGAUGUGUAGGACUAUUUAUAUGACAAACAUCUCUUGUGAUGUGUGUGCUUUACUUUGGUGCUCACUGCUUGGGCGUUGCUCACUCCUGGGUGAGGUGAGGCUGGUGAGGCUGCGGUCAGCCACAACGUUGAAUCCGCAGUGCCACGCAUCACGACGUUGGGAACGGGCCCUGAUGUGGCUCGGCAUUGGGCAGAAGGCGAGCCCAAUGUGGUUGCCAGAGCA